CUGAAUAUUAUUAUUGUAGACUAGUUAUUUUCCACAUUUCUUUGGAGUUGUAUUUCUCAUUCUACAAUGGCAAACUCGAUGAAAGAUUCAGACCCUGAUACCCAGGUCACCUAUGAUGAUCAACAGAAAAUCAACAAAUUUGCCAGAAAUAAUGCUAAACUACAGGAUCUCAAGGAUGAACUAGAGAAUAAAAAGAAAGAGUUACAGAACCUAGAAGAUGCUGGAGACGAGAUGAUGAUGUUGGAUGAUGAAUCAGUCCCAUAUCAGAUAGGAGAGGUGUUUGUCAGUUUAACAGUAGACAACGCUAACGAGAUGUUGGAGAAAGCUAAGGAAAACACACAGGAAGAGAUGAAAGAAUUAGAGCGACAAUGUGAAGCUAUACAAACUCUACUUCAAGAUCUUAAAGUGAAAUUGUAUGCUAAGUUUGGAAACAAUAUCAAAUUAGAAGCUGAUGAUGAAUAAAUACCAUUAAAAUCUCA